AAGGUCAACCGCCGCCCGUCGCUGCCCAUGCUCCGCAGAUACCAGGAGGGUGCCUCCUACACCUCCUCCACCACCACAGAGGCCGAGCAGGCGACCUCCCGCGCGGCCAGCGCCUGCUCCACCACGCUCGUCACCAUGAGCGCCAGCUCCUCCAGGAAGGCACUUUUUGCUGCCCUAUCAAGCUUACCAAAUUGUCAGAAAGUGUGUUUCUGGAUGGUUGAUAAUCCAGGAAUUUACAGCUGCAUCGUAAUGAGCUUUGAAAGAUUGGAGAUCCAGAGGCUGGAACGUUUUACCGCGCUGGACGACAUGUGA